AUGUCGACCAACAACGCCGAGAAGAGCACACUGCUGCCACAAGAGAUGCCCGAUAUUAAGAGUUCCGGCAAAGAAACUCCCGUCGCCAAGAACAGCGACAGCCAUACCACUGUGUCCGACGUCGAGAUCACAGUCCCGGUUCUGAAGCGCAAACGGACCGAUAGUGCAGGUCCAUCGACAACGAAAGAAAGGACCAGGAAGCGUCAGCGUGGUGAGAAGGUCGGCUGCUUAAGAGUCGGCACAUACUCUGCCGUCUUCGAGCAGAAAGAUCUUGACGAAUCGUUUACCUUGAAGUUACUCGUGAACAGCAACACCGAGCUUGAUCCGGAAGAUGAAGGAAUCUGGAAAGUCGAGGAUGCAAAGAUGCUAACAGCUUACCUGAACACACACAGAUUCACCGAAGCCACUCUACACACAGCUUGGCUGUUUCUGCGCAACGGCAAGGAGCCCAGCAUGGCCACGUAUUCAAUCAACCAAAAAUGGGAUGUUGGCGAAAGAUUCAAGAGAGUCGCCAAGCUGUUUCCAGACCGUGGGCAGCUAUAUGCUGCAGCCACACUUUUCGAUCUCGGUCUCGCGAUGAGGUGCCCUAAGCUCCAGAGAGCGGCAUAUGGAUGGUAUUCAGAGGUCCGAUCAGGUCUCUGGAGCCCGAAAUGCUUCGCAAACCCUUCCUUCUGCAAGUGGGUAGCCGAGAAGUUACCAGAAGAGAAGUACAGGGUGACCCAGUACUCAGCGUGGUUGGAGGUGCUCAAAGAGCACGAUCCCGAGAUGAUGAGAUCGAGAGAGGCCAUGAUCGAAGACACCAAGGGUGGCUCUUCUGGCUUGGCUGCAGACCUCCCGGAGCUGGAGGUGCUGGAACCUGCAUGGCUCUACGACUAUCACUUGGGUACAGGGACCUCAAGAGAUGCUGCAGGGGUUGACAUCACAGCAACUCCAGGCGAAGAAGAGACUCAUGUUCCAGAUGCUGAAGAUGAGCAAUCGGACGAAGAAGACGAAGAGCGAGAGACGAGAGAAGCGAACGUUGUCAUGCUCGAUCAGCUUCGGUGGAAGUCCUGA